UCGGAUUAACAGCCCCAACUGUCAAGCUGGCGUUUACUACAAUUAACGUGGUGCAAGCGAGUGAGUCGACAGCGACUGCGUCGGAUUCCGACUGCCUAGCUCUGAUGUGCUUGGAGGCGCCCGGUUACGGACGGAUAGCGCGGGCUUCCCACGAUUCCGCCAUUGUCGGCGAUUGCGGUGUGAUGGAGAAAUUAAUCGCACUGCAGAAGCGAUACACGGUCACCGGCGACUACUGCGGCCAGUUUCAGACCGAAGUUCAAAUGUUCAUGAGGAAAACGGUGGCCCUGUGGCUGUCUGAGGUUUGCGAAGACCAGGAAUGCGACGACUCCGUGUUCCCGACGACCAUGAACCUGUUCGACCGUUACCUGUCCGUGGCCCAGGCACGAAAGUCCCAGCUCCAACUGCUGGGCUGUGCGUGCCUGCUUUUAGCCACCAAGCUACGACAGACCCACGCCCUGCGGAUAGACCUGCUAGCCUACCUCACCGACAACUCGGUCACGGUCCAAGAAAUACAAGCCUGCGAGUUGCAAGUUCUCGAGCGUCUAAAGUGGGACGUGGUCUCGGUGGUGGCCAACGACUUCCUGGAUCACCUGGUCACCAUGUUGGGACUCGCCGACUGUGGCGACACUGUGCGGAGGCACGCGAGCACUUUCAUCGCUCUUUGCGCCACCGAGUACCACUUCAUGAGCUACAGCCCAGCCCUUAUAGCCACAUCCAGCGUGGCCGCCGCUGUGCAUGGCCUCAGGGGACACCUCUUUACAACUACUGCUCAAGACGAACUGACAUCCGCCCUUGAGAGGAUUACGCACGUCCGGACGGUGGACAUUCGACGUUGUGUCCUAGAAAUCGAGACUCUAAUGGCAUCCAAUAUAGCCGCCUUGGGACAGCCACAGUCACAAGCCAAAGGGGACAGUGCAACACUGACUCCGUACGGAACCAACAUAAGCAAUGCACUUGAGGCGCCCUCUGGUGCCGACUCCAACUUUAGUCAACCAGACACGCCGACGGACGUCCAAGACAUUACAUUUUAGACCAUGAAUCUCCUUACAGUUCUCUACUGUAGUCGUGUUGACCCGUUUGUCCAUUUUGUUCCUGCAUUCUUGUCACAUUCAAUGCUUUUAUGAGAUCCCUGAAGAAUGCACUUUUGCCUACCUUCUGAGUUUUUUUUUUUGCAUCUUCAAUUUUUUUUGGACUAUCAGCAUUGUGCCGAGAUUGUUGAUACUCUUUAAAGUCUUCCAAGAACACAUAGAAUUAGCUAGAAAGAAAUGUUUUUACACUCAAAUUCAGAACUCUUCUGAAUAUAGAAAAGCUGCUUGCAUUAUAUCUAACUGCACCUGUUUCCGAAAAAGGACUGAAUUGUUCCUUUCCUUCUUGGCGUGUAGUCAAGAAGGUUGAAAUAGCGUGUAUCUCACACUGUAAAAGUCAAAGCGCAGUGGUUCCCUUUUCUUACUGGAACAGCAGUCGUGCCUCUUUACUAUAAUAAUUUUUCAUGCUUGCAGGAUUUCCCAUUCUUUAGAAAUGUAUUUCAUUGGCAUUGAUGCUUUCCUCAAGCGUGUCAUAAAAUGAACUAUGCUGACCGCAAAUGCGCAGUAAUUUGAGCUGUAACAAAGUACACCUUUCGAUGGCCUUGUGGGCGUAACUGGUAAACCAAUUUUGAACUCUAUUUUGUGGUGGUUGUCGUUCGUAAUCGAACUUACUGUAGAGAUGCUUAACAUUUUUCAGUUCCUGUUGCUCGUUCAUGGGCGACAGCAACUCGGGGAUCUGCUUGUAGGAAAUUCUGUUUUCGCA